ACCCGCAGUCACAUGAUGACGCAGGGGGGUCACAUGACACGUUUUUGUUUCCCCCCCCUCACAAGACGCAGACGCAACAAAAUCCACAAUCUUUGCUUUGUUUUCUCUUCUGCUUUAGGUCAACAUAACUCAUCACACCGACAGUUACUGUGGACAUACACAGUCAUACAGCAGUGUGGGUCAAAGGAGUCGUUGUAUAUGGAGGUAGAGGAGAUGGAAGAUGAAGGUCCUUCGUCCCACAGUGAACUUCCACACAGUGAAGAAUUCCAGUUGCCGCAACAGGAAUCACCGCGUCUGGGGAGCUCAGACCCCGUAGAGAAUGUGUUGGUGGAUAAGAAAGCAGUGGACAAACUCACAGAAGGAUUACUCUCCCACUACCUACCAGAUCUACAGAACUCUAAACGAGCCCUCCAAGAGCUCACACAAAAUCAGCUGGUAUUGUUAGACACACUGGACCAAGAAGUCACCAAGUUCAGAGAAUGUAAUACCUUACUGGACCUCAAUUCGCUGUUUACAGAAGCGAAGGUUUAUCACAACAAACUGGUGAACAUAAGGAAAGAGAUGAUUAUGCUCCACGAAAAGACAACUAAACUAAAGAAAAGAGCUUUGAAGCUGCAGCAACAGAAGCAGAAGGAGGCGCUGGAGAAGGAACAGAAACGAGAGAAGGAGCUCGAGAGAGAAAGGCAGCUUAUUGCCAAACCCGCCAAAAGCUAUAUGUUACACUACUGCUGACCUUUUUCCAAAGUGCAAGUGUUUUAGAUAUUAUUUUUUAAAGAUAAUAUUUUGGGCAUUUUUGCCUUUAUUUGACAGAACAGCCUACGUUAGAGACAGGAAAACUGAGGUCAAAGAGAGGGGAGAUGAGAUGCAGCUAAAGUUUUCAACCACCGGUAACGAAGUUGACAGAGUUCAUUGAGUGCUCUGAAUUAUUGCACAAUACCACAGUUUAGACAAUAAAUAGUAGACAUAAUUUUAUAGUGCAUUAUUGCUGUCUCAAGCUGGUUUCAUGUCUCAGCAGGAUUUUAAAGCAAACACCAUUUUAAUUUGGAAUUGUGCUGUUAGAAACUUCAGUCCCUUUCCAACAAGUUUUGGGGGACAGCUUCUGAAAUCAAAUGUACAGUAAGAAAUUAUACAAAGUUGUUGAAAUAGGACUGAGAACAGCUUAAGACAUAUUUUUGGUUUGGUCUGUUAUAUCAUUUUUUUAGCAUUUCUGCAGAACAUGCUUGAUUUAGGGGAUAGGAGUUGUCAUCUGGUAGCUUGACUCCUGUUGUUUCCUCACUUAUAUGAUGACAGUAACCUAUCUUUAUACCUACACUUGAGUAGGAAACAAAACCUGAAACAAGGUUUUAAAAUGUGAAAAGUGUGAAUCAGUCUUUAUUUAGAGAAAUGUAAAAAGAAAAAAAUAAACAGCUGUCCACAAUUUAAGAGAAAUACAUUAAAGAAAAUAAUUGAACACUUUGGAAAAUGGUUCACGUUAAAGACCGUAUAUGUGAUUCUUAGUCAAUGGGCUAAAACUUGCAAAAGCUCUGGUAUGAUCCUUUUAUGUCUGAUGCCAAGAUGACCACAAACCAAAGACAAUGGACUGAAUCAUCAAAUGCUGGUACUUCCCAUAUCAACCUGUGACUCACACAGAAUGGAACAGAUUACUCAAAGACACUUUUGCAGCCGUCAGACAAUGACCAGGAGGAGAAUCAGUGGGUUUGCUGUCAUUUGUUCAAGAUAAAGUGUUAAUAUAUGUUGUUGCUGGGCUUCAGGCCUGGUUAGUGUUGAAUGUUAUAAAGAAAAAAAAAAAGUAUGUUGUUUAAAAUGAAAUAGGUCUGCACUAAACUUAACUGACUAUUCCUGAGGUCCGGUUAAUAUGAGAAUGGAUGAUAAUAUGUACCAAACUUUUCCCCCAUCAUACACAGCAUGUGUAAAUUAACAGACCUUUCAAGAUGCUUCUAUGCACUACUUACGCCUGGAACUCCACUGUUUGUACAAUUAAUAAUAAAAGCAAUACAAACUGGUUUGUAAUAAAGUGA